GGAGAGAAUAAAGACAGUAAAAUGUCAAAUGGUACUCAGCAACAGCAACAACAGCAACAACAGAGAACAGCAUAUGUAGAAGCACACGCUGUGGCUCAUGCAGCUGUGCAACAACACAUGGCACAGCAAGCUGCCCAGGCAAGGUUAGCAGGACCUGGACCACCUGCGACACCUCAGCCUCCAAAUCCGACCUUCACCUUACCCGACGAUGGGCUUGGAUAUGACGAUGGAGUUCGUGUUCUUCGUUCGAUCGGAACAUGGUCCCCUGAAUAUACAGCAGCAGCAGCAAUGCGACCAGCAUCAGGUACGAUGCCAGCAUUUCCCGGAUCGACGGAGCAGCAAUUUGGAAACGGAAGGGCGACUACUUUAAAUCAACCUCUGCGAAACGCAAACACCAUAGGAAUUCGACCCGGGUCAGUUUCAAAAGCGACAAACACAGGAGAGCCUACGACGAAAGCAUUCGCCUGCACAGUUUGUGGGAAAGGACUCGCUCGUAAAGAUAAACUUGUUAUUCACAUGCGAAUUCACACAGGAGAGAAGCCAUAUUCCUGUGAAGUAUGUGGCAAAGCUUUUGCGAGGAGAGACAAGCUUGUGAUUCAUAUGAAUAAAUUGAGACAUAGACCGGGUGUUACGCCACUUUCUACUCCUGCGCCACCUGUUGAUCAACAAGUUCAGCAGCAGCAGCAGCAGCAGCAGCAACAACAACAACAACAACAGCAGCAGCAACAACAGCAGCAGCAACAACAGCAGCAACAGCAGCAGCAAUCGCGUCAGGAGACGAUUCACAAAUUAAAAGAGGAACCUAAUAUGAGUUGGGCCUGCGAAUUGUGUGGUCGAACACUUGCUACGCGAGAAGAAUGGACGCAGCAUGCACGAUCUCAUCUGGACGCGUCGGUGCCACCUCAGCAUGCAGCCCCGUACUUUGCGGCUGCAGCAACUCCCUCACAGCCGUACGUGCCCGACCGAAAUUUUUGCCCGAUGUGCCGCAUCGACUUUACUGACAAAACUGAAUUUAUGUUCCACGUUCGCUCGCAUUUCGAGCCUCACACACAGCAGACAGGAACAACUCAGCGCUCGAGUCUGAAACAAGGCAAUGAUCCUGCAACUGCAGAAUUAAUUGCUCGUGGUCUUGUCGAUCCUUCCGGGCUCUGCAGCUAGAACCUCCCCCCUCAACGCUCCAUGCCGUCGAUCCGUGUCUUACCAUAGUACAACUUCAUGACACCAUCUUGACAUUCUUUCUUGAGAGAUCGCCCUCUGCAUAGCUUGGUAUGAAAAUUGUGAUCGUAAUUUUAAUUCUCCUCCAUUACGUAAGGAUACACCUUGUAACUCUACUCGUUUUGCUUAUUUUUUUUUUCUCUCUCUUAUCUUAUCUCCUAUUUUAAAAACAGAUCUCGAAUUUUAAUCCAGGAUGGCCGAAAAGAAAAAUGUCGUUAAAGAUUCAGGUAAUUUCUGUAAAACACUUUGAACGAACUGUGAAAAAUAAUUUGGGAUGUCAUACAGUUACUUUUAGUCAUUUUUUCAAACAAAAAAAUGUCUUUUCAGCUCUAAGAGAUGAUUUUUGUUUACCAAAAUAAUUGAAUUUUCGAAAAAAUAUUUGAAUUUUUAACAUAUUAUU